AUGGCCUUCCUGUGGAUCCUCUCCUGCCUUGCCUUUGUUGGUGCCACCUAUGGCUGUGGUGUUCCAGCCAUCUCCCCAGUCAUUACUGGUUAUGCCAGGAUUGUCAAUGGUGAGGAGGCUGUUCCCCACUCCUGGCCUUGGCAGGUGUCUCUGCAGGAUUACACCGGCUUCCACUUCUGUGGUGGCUCUCUGAUCAGUGAGUACUGGGUUGUGACUGCUGCUCAUUGUGGUGUGAGAACUUCUCAUCGUGUUAUCCUUGGAGAGCAUGAUCGCUCCUCCAAUGAGGAGGACACCCAGACCAUGAGAAUUGCCCAGGUCUUCAAGCACCCCCGCUAUAACGGUUUCACCAUCAACAAUGACAUCACCCUGAUCAAGCUGGCCUCUCCUGCUCAGAUGAGCCCCCGUGUGUCCCCUGUGUGUGUGGCUGAGACCGGAGACAACUUCCCCGGUGGCAUGAAAUGUGUCACCUCUGGCUGGGGCCUGACCAAGCACAAUGCUCCUGACACCCCCGCCCUCCUGCAGCAGGCUGCCCUUCCCCUCCUGGACAACACUGAGUGCAAGCGUUACUGGGGCAACAAGAUCACCGAUCUCAUGAUCUGCGCUGGAGCCUCCGGAGCCUCCUCCUGCAUGGGUGACUCUGGUGGCCCCCUGGUCUGUGAGAAGGCUGGUGCCUGGACCCUGGUCGGUAUUGUGUCUUGGGGCAGUGGCACUUGCUCUCCCAACAUGCCAGGUGUUUAUGCCCGCGUCACAGAGCUCCGUGCUUGGAUGGACCAGACCAUUGCUGCCAACUAA